AUGAACUUCGCACCCUAUCAAGAUGAGUCUCCCGAGGUCGAGCGAGCUCUUUCACCACCCCUAGGCGACGCGAAUCGUUUCAAAUCACCCAUUCUUGGGUCCCCGCGCGGGUCUCCCCCGAUCCCCGGUGCGCAAUCUGGCGGUCUCCCAUCCCCGAGUCAUUUCGCAGGCGCAAAUCAGAUACAUGGCGGCGGACAGGCAAACCAAAGGUAUGGGCGCGAUGUCGAAGGUGGGAGAUGGAAUCUGGGAGCCUUUGAAACAAGUCUCCCGAUCCGUAUGGACGUUGAAGCUAUGCUGGCAUAUCUUCUUCUCCCUCCGGCGGGUGGGGUAUUCCUGUUGCUGUUAGAGCAUAAGAGCGACUACGUUCGGUAUAGAUGCGUGCACCCGGACAUUGGUAUGAUCAUAGCACUCAUCCCGGAGCAGAUUGCCCAUCUUAUUCUCUCCUGGUCGAGCUUCCUUUCCUGGCUUCUGUUCAUUUGCGACCUCGGCUUGAUCGGAUUUCUGAGCAUGCGCGCCUAUCGGGAUGGUGAGUCCUCACUGUGGAUCAUGACCGUCGACUUUUGUGCUGACAGGAGCUUAGUCGACACGCUUGAACACUUUGAGGUUCCUAUAUUCGGGCGUCUCGCAAACUCCUUUGUGGAUAAUGAGUAG